UAUUCAAGAAUAAACUGUUUGUUCCAGUUUGCUUUAUGAUAGUCUGAAACGACAGAUAAUUAAAAUUAAAAUAAUGAAGAUAAAGGAAGGGAUAUUUAUUAUUUUUCAACUUUCAGAUGUACUUUGGGAAAAUUAAGUAACAAUCGCUUUUAGCAUUUAUAAACUCUCCAUGUCGUUUGUUCUUGAACGUUUCCUGUUAACCUUUUUGGGUUAGCCCCUGAACUUAGUUGGCUUAAGGCAGUUCCUGGUGUUAAUUCAGUGUUUGGACCUAAUUUAGGAUGGCUGCUAGAGCUCUGAGUUGGUGUGUGAACAGCUCCUUAUUGCAGUUUGCUCCUGGAGCCAAAGGCACGAAGCUCAGGGGAACUAGCUACUUCUUUUGGACAACUUUCCGAAGGACUGUCGGCUCUCUGCGUAGUGGACGAGCUUCAUUCCUCCUGGGGCUUCCUGCUCUGUCCUAUCUGAGUUAUGAAGCGGUUCGGUGGGUGCAGAGUUCAGCUGUGGUCUGGGCUUCAGACGAAGAGAAGGUUUUGCAGCAGGCGGACUACCUGUAUGGAUGUGCAGAAACAGAGAGGCUUUACCAGCUGCUGCUGCAGUACAAGGACAGUGACAAUGCAGAGUUCCUGUGGAGGCUGGCCCGGGCGUCUCGUGACCUGUCCCUGCUGCCCGACACUCAGCCUGAACGAAAGAAGCAGCUGGUCUUCGAGGCCUUUGGAUAUGCACAGAGGGCCCUGGAGAGGGAUGAUACGUGCUUUGCUGCACACAAAUGGUACGCCGUGUGUCUCAGCGAUGUUGGGGAUUUUGAAGGAGUCAAAGUAAAAAUUGGAAACUCCUACAUCAUCAGGGAGCAUCUGGAGAAAGCCAUCAAGCUCAAUCCCAAAGAUGCCACUUCAUUACACAUUUUAGGCUUCUGGUGUUUUGCUUUUGCUGAGCUGCCGUGGUAUCAGCGCAAAGUGGCAGCUGUCAUUUUUGCUUCACCGCCGACGUCCACAUACGAAGAGGCACUGGAGUUCUUCCUGCAAGCUGAACAAGUUGAUCCCAACUUCUACAGUAAAAACCUGCUGAUGCUCGGGAAGACGUACCUGGCCAUGAAGGAGAAGCAGAAAGCGCUGCUCUGGCUGACCAAAGCUAAAGAUUAUCCUGCUCACACACUGGAGGACAAAGAGGUCCAUAAGGAAGCUGUGAACCUUCUAAAGAAGCUUGGAUGAAGAGCUCAUCUCCUCUUCGUGGAACAGGAGGCUGUUCCCGACCCUCGGACCGAUUCUGUAAUAAUUACUGCAGUAAAACUGGUUUCACACAAACCAGCCAUGCUUCCUAGAAAUAUGCAUCGUGGGUAAUUUAUGUUAGAAACAGAAGACACCAGUGAAUGUGGCUAAAUGGAAGCAAGCGACGAUGAUUGUUUUAUUGGAACAAAUCUUUGAUUUGCUCAUCCUGCCUCUACCUGGAUUUUAAGAUCAUUCCUUUUAUAAUUAAUAUUAACUGAAUAUUUACUGUUCUGAUGAAAAA